AUGCAUGCGCAACUGUCUCUAGGUGAACAGGACACGUUUAGAGGACUUAUUCUGGACACUGGCGCCAAUCGCUCUUCAUGUAUGUCUCUCUCACAGUAUAAAGCAUACUGUAGAGAGAACAACGUUCCUUUGUCUAUUGACAGAACAGAGGGGAGAACUGUGUCAGGAUUUGGAGGUUCAAAAAGGGGUUCGUUAGGGUCUGCUAUUAUCCCUGUACCAUUUGUUGAUCUCAACGUCGUUCUUCAUGUCAAGUUUCAGAUAUUUUCUCACAACUCUCCUUCAUUACUGUGUCUUAGGGACAUGAGAGAAGGGGGAUUAGACAUCAGCGUACAAAAACUGUCUAUUUCUUACAAGCAUAGAAACCAAUCAGUUUCCCUGGAGAACGACUUCAUGGUACACAAUUGGAAGUCGGAAGAUGUCGUGAACUCCCUUUAUUCCGAAAAAGAGCUCCGAAAGCUCCAUAGGAAUUUUGGGCAUCCCUCCGUGUCUGCACUCACAAAUCUCCUCAAAAGAGCAAACCCAGAUCACAUGGACAGAGAAGUCCAAGACGUCAUCAUGCGACUGACAAAAGCUUGCACAACAUGUGCAACACAUGCUUCACGACCGCGACGGUUCAAACUCACUGUUGGAACGAAUGACUUGAAGUUCAAUCAUACUCUUGCAGUAGACAUUAUGACACUCAAUGGAAAACCGUUGCUUCAUGUUGUUGACGAAGCUACGCACUACACUUCGGCAGUUUUCUUAAACAGACAAAGGGCAUCUGACACCUGGAAAGGAUUGCUGCGAUGUUGGAGCAGAGUUUACUUGGGACCGCCAGAUUUUUUGCGUAUGGAUCAAGGUACCAACUUCAUAGCAAAAGAAUUCGUGGAAUCGGCGACUGCAGAGGGAAUUACUGUACUUCCAGCCCCCAUUGAGUCCCCUUCCACUAUGUCUCAUGUUGAGCGCUACCACGCCCCACUAAGAGCUGCAUUGAAGAAGAUCCGUGAUUCUCUGCCGACAAGUGAGUCCGACAGCGACUGCUUGCAAAUGGCUUUGAAAGCUGUAAAUGAUACGAUAGGGCCUGAAGGACUCUGUCCUACUCUGCUUGUUUAUGGAGCCCUCCCUCGACACCCUCUGUCAGCGCCGAAUACAUCACAGUUAGAACGUGCAAAGUCGAUGGAUGAUGCCAUGGACAGUGUUCGAAAGGUACAGGCACAGAGGAGAGUUGCUUUCGGAUUGAGACACCCUGGGGGACCCAAGGCCAAGGAGAAUAGCGAGGAACUUUCCCGACUGCCCGCAGGUUCUCCUGUAUACGUUUACAGGAACACGACCGAGAAAUGGGACGGACCAUAUCCAUUUAUUCAUAUAGAUGGAGAGACAGUUGUUGUGCAACUUCCGAGAGGGCGCAAGAUAUUCCGAUCGAAUGUGGUUAAGCCUCAAACUCGCCAUCAUUCCCGAAAGAAAACCUCCAAGGGAGCACAACUCAAUCACCCGUCGAACUUAGCAAUGAACCAGGAGCAAUUGAGGAGGACGAGAACUUCUUAUGUUCAGAUAUCUCUCUACAAGCAAUGUUUGGUCCUGGAAGUUACCUAUGGAAGCAUUGCAGAAAAGUCACGGCUAGUCGCGCAGAACUAUAAGGACAAGGGGGCUAGCUCUAUUGCCACAAAGUCACCAACAAUAAGUCGCAUGGGACAGAGAGUUGCGAUGGCCACGGCGGCUAUAUUCAGAGAGCACCAAUCUUACAUUCGAGAUAUUUCUCAGGCUUACUUGCAAUCAGAGUCACCUCUGGAACGACAAAUAUUUCUUCGUCCACCAAAAGAAAUGAAUCUCGGUGCGGACGUCGUGCUUUGUGUUCUUAAGCCACUUUAUGGAGUCCCAGAGAGCAGAUUGCACUGGUUUGUGACAUACUGGACGCAUCACAGAGAACGGCUUUCUAUGAAAAGCACCACGGGUGACCCUUGCCUUCUAUAUCGCUCAGGAGACAUGCAUGCUGAGGGUGUAACUGCUCUACAGGUCGACGACUCGUUUGGACAUGGGACAGUUGAAUUUUUGAAGGACGAAGAACGCGAAUCUAAGCGUAUUAAAUGCAAGCCGCGAAAGAUUCUAAAGAUUGGGGAGACGACAUCAUUUAAUGGUUGUCAAAUCACUGUUGAAAGAAACCGAGUUCAUUUGCUGCGACAGAUGGACAAACUUGGAAAGAUAUCCAAGCCUAGAAACCAGGACGAGCUUGUGAGCGUGCGUGCAUUACUACAGUGUAUCGGAUGCUGUACUAGACCUGACCUUUGUGCACCUGUACAACUCUUAGCAAGUGAAGUGAACAAUCCGGAGGCCAGCACAUAUUCGAAAAUGGGAAGCAUUGUGGAACGUUGCCACAACACCAACGACAUGGGCCUAACAUUCAUACCGUUAGAAAGAAGUUCGCUUCGUUUAGCAUUGUUCACGGACACCUCUUUCGCUAACGCCGUAGAUACAAAUCGCAAAUUGGCUGUGUCGUUCUCCUAG